GGCACAGCACAUUGCGAGAGCAGAACGUGACGCACACAGAGCCGGGACACGCACGGCUAUCAAAUGGAUUCAUUUUGACGUAUACUUGUGAACUCUAAGAGAGAAAGGACAAUCGAGCCAGAAGGACUUGCACCGAGCUUGUAAAACUUGUUUGUCACACUGGCAGAAAAUAAAAAAGCUACCUGGCUUUGAUGAAGAAACAUUCAUUCAGGAGCCAGCUGAUAUCCCGCUGAGCGGAGGGACUUGGACUGACAGCACUGAGGAUGUGAAUGUAUCGGGGACAAUCUGGACCCCUUUCUGUCACACAGCAGCACCACUCAAGUGGAUCAUAAUCAUCGAGACCAGAGCCAAACGCACACAGAGAAAAAGGAACCGCGUGAGAAAGCCUACCAUGCACUGACAACAAGCUCUACCUUCAUGCUGGGCGGAGGGGUCCAGCUGGCAUGGCUCGUCAUGCGUGCAUCUGAAUACAUUCCUCUGGCAAAGACAGCAUGCAACACUCGACAAUAUGUUCAGCUGUGUUAUCUCACACACCCAGCAGAAUGGAAAGCAUCAGUGUGGAAACGGACUGGGAUGGGUUGGCCCUCUCCUCUCUGCUCGCAGCAGGAAGGAACAACUUCUCUUCCUCGUCUCUGCUUGUCUCUGAACUGAACUCCCUCAACAGUUCUCACAGCGGGGGAUCCUUCUUCGGGAUAGAUCCUGAAAAUGGUUCCACCACGACGCAGCACACGCAGCAGGAGAGGGACAUGGACCUGGCACGGGCAGAGAUAGCAGUGCUCGGGGUGGUGUUGGCCCUUACCACUCUGGGGAACAGCUUUGUGCUGUGGGUGCUGCUGAGGAGGAGGAAGCAUAAUGCACCCAUGCACGUGUUCAUGUUCAACCUGUGUGUGGCUGACCUGGUGGUGGCCUUCUUUCAGGUUCUUCCCCAGCUCAUUUGGGACAUCACUGGGAAGUUUCAGGGGCCUGACUUUCUCUGCCGGUCCGUCAAGUACUUGCAGAUUGUGGGCAUGUUUGCUUCCUCUUACAUGAUAGUUGCCAUGACGGUAGACCGGCACCAGGCCAUCUGCUGCCCUUUGCAGGCCUACAGAGGGGGCACAAUGUCCCGCUGGAACACCCCUGUCAUGGUGGCCUGGGGCUUGGCGCUAGUCCUCAGCAUACCACAGGCUUUCAUCUUCUCUCGCACAGAAACUGUUUCAGGAGAAUUUGAUUGCUGGGGUCACUUUGCUGAGCCGUGGGGGCUGAAGGCCUACGUCACCUGGAUGACCAUAUCUGUCUUCCUCCUGCCCGCCUUCAUCAUUACCAUCUGUCAGAUAAGAAUCUUCAGAGAAAUCCACAAUAACAUCUAUAUGAAGUCAGAGAGAAUUGUGAUGGCGGAGUUAAAGAAGAAAGAAAUCUUCUUCCGCUUCCACAGCUUUAAAAAGGAUGACGAGCGGUCCAAGGAUAGGGGGAGACGGUCGUCCGGAGGGGGGGGCAGGAAUGGCAGAGGAGGACAACUCCUAAAGGGUUUGAAUAACAACCCUCACAAUAACACCAAUGACAGCCAAGCAGGAGAGUGUUAUGACUUUGUACCAUCGGCUGUCCAGUACAGUAGCGGUGAACAUGUGGCAACAACAUCACCGACACAGCAGCAAACAUUGAGCGGCUCAGAUUGCCAGGACUCGUACACACCCUACGAGCUGGCCUCAGGCUCACCUCGCUGCUCACCUCGCUGCUCCCUCGACUAUGCGCGCCCCCCCCUUCCAGCCACUCCACCUCAUCACAGCAUCACAAAAGCCAUGUCAAAGACUGUGAGAAUGACCCUGGUCAUCGUGCUGGUCUAUAUUAUCUGCUGGGCCCCUUACUUCAUCGUCCAGCUUUGGGCGGCCUGGGACCCCCACCAUCCACAACAUGCAGUGGCCUUCACUAUCCUGAUGCUGCUGGGGAAUCUGAACUCGUGCACCAACCCGUGGAUUUACACAGCUUUCUCCAGCAGCGUGUCCAGAGAGCUGCAGAACCUCCUGCAGUGCCGGACACGACCCGACCGCCGGGGCUCCCUGCCCGACGACUCCACCACCACACACACCUCCACCACCAAGGACAGCCUGUACUGACAAAGACUGAUGAGGCAGAAACAGAUACACAGAGACAUUUUUCAAAAGACAACUAGGGUGCACAGAGGUCUGUUGCAGGGAUGUGCUGCAGUGCACAGCCUGAGAACAGAGCACUGACCACAACCAGAUGUUUCCAACAACAAAGGACAGCUUCUGUCAACAGGACCUCUAUCUUGUAAUCACCGGUCCUCUCCACCACAACAGAGAGGAAGGGUGUCAUUGAAGAUGUCAACACCAUUUUAUGAGGGCACUGUGAAAGAUACAGUGGCUGUCAGUGACAGCAUCUGUUAUGCAAAAUGGCCUUGACAGUAAAGAGCGCUUUUACCUCGGCUGUGGUGGAGUAGGACCCUGUGCAUUGAUUUAUACGAACCAAAACUGUUUUCCUUCUCAGUCAGAGCAGAGCAGCAGGAAUGCAAGGGGUGGAUCAGCGCAUUAAUGGUCUUGCGGCACGCCUAAUGUACAAAGCAGCAGACAAAGCUGUGGGUGUAGAGAAAACAAAGCAGCAAACUGAGGGAAUGAGAUACACACACACAUACAGACAGUAAGAGAAAACGAGACGGCUGUUGGAGUGAGAACAGACAGGGGAUAACAUGGAUGUUAGAUCUACAGGAGCAGUCUUGAGAGGGCUGUAGUAAAAAAUCUAAUAAUGUGAAGAAACUUUGUUGAAUCAAGGAAAGUGGAUUCGAGGUGGAUACUUGAGGCUGUAUUCAUAUCCACUAAGGAGGAAUUCUGUUCCAAGAAACAAGAGUUAUUUGUUAGCAAGAUGGACAGAGAUUCACUCAUGAGAAGUCAAGACACUGCCCCACGAGGAACUGGGAUACCAUAUUAAUGCAGACAGCAAAACACACACACACACACACACACACACACACACACACACACACACACACACACACA